AUGAAUGCGCUCCGCCAGAAAUGCCGACCGAAACAUCAGGUUUUGAUCCUGAAGUGCUACCCUAAACUGCCCAAGAACCCGGCAGGCAAUGCGAGCGAGGCAAAGCCGAAUGGCAGCGAACUCAGCUACCUGGUCUACUACGCGUCGAGUCGCCGAGCCAAACUCACAAAGGUUGGCAGUUUCCUGGAGAAGCGGACCGCCUCAGAUGUGUACAAGGGCAGGAUAGGAGCGGUCCACGUCACAUUAGGAAUCCUUACCGCCUUUCUCAACUCGUCCAGCAUCUCCUCGGUCGACACAUUNCCCCUGUUGGCGCCUCAUGUUCUCACCAUCCUACAAGAAGUCCUGGGCCACUCCAACGACACGGGUCUGAUUGAAGCAUGUCUCCCUGUAUGGGACGCCUUCUGUCGUGACCAGGACCAUGCUACGCUCGCCGCCGACGUCGAGUAUCGCCAACAAUUUGCCGACGUGGUCAAGAGAUGGACAACAUAUGCCGACAAGACAAACAAGGAGGCUGGUGGGUCUAGCGAUGCUCUCAAGCUACGCAAGGCUGGUCUCGAGGCACUGCGCAGUAUUGCCAAAGCCCAGGCCCUUGCCAGCGAGCCAGGCCGACAGAUCCCCGUCUUCUUACCUGCCGUGCUCCGCAACCUGUAUUCGCAAGAUGCCGCGUACCUGACCGCCCUCGACGAACGACUGAACGAGCAAAAGAAUGCGCAGCAAGCACUGCGUCCCAGCAUGCAGACCAUCCGCAGUACAAACACAAAGGAAGAAGGAGACCCGCGCGCUGCUGGAGGCACUGCUCAAGAGGCCGAUCGCUAUGCCGAGGAAGAGGCUGGUAUACUGGCUUUGCAAUGCUUCAAGGCUCUGUUCGAUGUCGACAACCGUGUCCAAGUGCGCAUGGCUACUUUGAGCAUGCUUGAGUACAUCUCUCAACACAACUCGGGUCAUGCAUGGUCAGUCGGUCUAGUCAAACUGGCAUGCGAAUGCACUCCCGUGCAGGAUCGCUUUGUUGUCCUAUUCACUGCUGUCGAGAUUUUGAUUCGCAGUCCCAUCAUUGAGAAUGCUCUGCAGCAACAGAUCGUACUGGCUGUCAUUGUCGAGCAAAUCCUUGGCUCCAACAUCAACCUGAUAGGCUUAUCGGUCAUGGAUAUCCUCCUCGGCCUGGUUCAACAUAUCCUUCUGAUUCUACAGCUUGGUACCACUCAAACCAGCUUAAAUGGAUCUACCGAAAAGCCAAAGUCGCCUGUCAUGGAAGUUGUCAAGACUCCUUCUCCUGUCAGAGUCGACCUGCUUACUCACUUGCGUCAAUGCAUUGUCAAUCUUGCAAAGCAUGUAUACUACACUGAUCAAAUCGCGGACAUGGUUUCGGCCCUUCUCCUCCGCCUCAAGCCCGCCUCUCCUGGCUCCAACAUGCCAGUUGCUACCGCAAAUGCUAUCGAGGACCCCAAUGGUACUUCCAUGGAAUCCGCCGCUAGCAGUGGCUUAAAGGAAAGACCCAAUACUGAUGGCUUCUUCUCCUUCGACACUGCUCGAGAGGUUGCACUUGAUUCGGUCAAGCGCAUUCUCAUUGUUGCUAACAGCAACGAUCCUUCAGCCAAUGAAUCUACUAAGAACCAGAACCCAGUUCCAAUUGGAGUCUGGGAGGGAACUCAAUGGCUGCUGCGUGAUUCGUACCGCCCAGUCCGUGUUGCUUAUGUGGAUGCACUGUGUACAUGGCUUGACCUCGAGACUCGUGAUAAGGACUCAAAGAUCGAGGAAAAGAUUACUACUGAGAAGCAGAAGCGGGACAAUGUCAACGGUAACAACAUGGCUCGUAGAGCGGUAUCUAACGCUUCAGCACGUGGGCGUGGCGCUAGGAAGAGUCGCUCCUUCUUCUUGCAACUGCUCCACCUUGCCAUUUACGAAGACGCCGUGCAUCUUGCCGAUCGUCCCGAGGCUGAUCACGAAUUUCUGCUUUUGCACUACUUGCUUGCAUCCAUGGUUGCCAGACUCGGUAUCAACGCUAUGCGCUCUGGUCUGCCCAUGAUGUUCCGCUUGCAAGAAGAUAUUCAGGCCAUUGAGAACCCAAAAGCCAAGGUCAGACUUGGUAGUUUGGUGCAUGGUUACUUGUGGGCAGUUACUCACAAGUUCAACUUCGAGCAUUCCGUUGUCGGAAAUGAGAUCCAGACUGAGAUUGUACGCAGACAGCAAGCUGGCAUUUGGGUCCACGGUCUCCAGAUCCCGGCUGUGUCCUUGGCUAGAAUUGCAGAAGUGGCUGCCUCUGCUCCUACAAAGUUAACAGAGACUACCGUUGAGUCGCAGGCGCUGAAGCCCUUUGACCACCGCGAACAGCUGGUCGAGCGUAUCUCGGACACUUACGGUGCUAGCAUCGCUUCGCCUCCCGGUACACCUGGUAGUCCCGGACGCAGUUUCUCUUUGCCAGCUUUAAAUGUUGCCCCUAGCGACUUCCUGGCCGCACCUAGCCGAGCCACGGCCGACCUACCACAAUCUUGCAUGGACGAGCUUACAGCAGUCUGGACGAAAGAAGAACUCCUCGCAACCGUCGCAGCUGCAGCACCUAAGUCGACGUCGUUGAGCGGCUCGCGCGCUGGCACCACGUCUGCACACCCGUCAGGUACCAAUCUUGUAGCUCUAGGCGAUCAUCGUCGUUUGCUCGCCGCUGCCAACACCUUCCCAUACCAGAGUCCUCGCAGCACUUCCGAGACCUUUGGUAACGGAGGCACUUCUAGAUCUGGUCCUGCAAGGACUGGUACCAGUCACUCACAAGUCCGCAGCCGUCUCGUUAGUCGAAGCCCUGCAGGCCGCCGCCCCAGCAAUAGCACAUCUGGUCAUGGCGAUGGUGCCAGCAGCGCUACAAACUCAGGAGCCAUGCGUGUCGAGGAGCUGAAGCGCGUACUCGCUGGUCAAGCACCUCCUUCAUCUGCAAUGUCCAUGCAUCGGGCCGGCGCUGGUGACGACUCAGCCGAGAGCAUGAUGGAUGUCGAAGAUGGUGAACUUGAAGACGAUGCUAGCGACUAUAGNCCCCCACUCCUUCGUCCGGCUACCCAAGACGCUGCUCAGAAGUCACAAAACACAAUGCAACCGCCACCCGCACCUGCUCUUAGACUCAAUAGUGGCGAGGUUGUUACCAAUGGCAGUUUUUCUUCAGCACCUGUCUCUGAGAGAGGUCGCCAGGAUGGCUCAGUCAACAGACCCGCAAGCAGAAGAGUUGCCAGCAGGAGCUCUGCUAGAGGCUUUGGCGGUGCCGCCAGUACACAUGGUAAGAAAGAUCUCAGGGAUCUUUUGUCUUCGAUUGGUACUGAAGAAGAUGUCGAGGGUGGUGAAGGUGUCAGUAGAGCGCCAUAUUAG